AUGCUGUUUUUGAGAAUCAAAAGAAACAUAGAAGAAUUGAAAAAUUGCAGAGGACAUAUAAGAUAUUGUGGAGGGCCAGUUAAUUGGGAAUCGUUAAAUCGGAUAAUCAUAGUCGUUGAAAAUUUUGGGUUUUUCAACUGGGGGAAAGAUGAGGAAACAGGAAGACAAGAAGAGAAUGAGUUUGAAAAGCAGACUGAGAUCAGUUGGUUCAUUAUGCAUUCCUGGUUCAACAAGAAGCGUCAAAAAGUCAUUCGACUUCACUUGAGCCGUUGUAUAGCUAACUUUUUCAAACCUGAAGUGCUUCUCAAUUACGAAGAAUAUAAGGACUUUACCUGA